AUGAAAGUCCGUAUUUUCUUCUCGUUGGCGGUUCUGCCACUCGCUGUAGCCGCGAUUGUGCCUAGUUUGACGAAAACAUUCUCGAACGUCACCAUUUUUGAUCCACCGUCUGACUACAACAUUCCACGUACUCUGUAUGCUCGUACUGUUCAGUUGCCCAACGGCGACUUGCUGGCCACAUGGGAAAACUACUCUCCCGAACCACCAGCUGUCUAUUUUCCUAUAUAUCGCUCAUCCGAUCUUGGCAAAACCUGGAGCAAAUUGUCAAAGGUACAAGACACUGCCAACGGGGUGGGACUACGUUAUCAACCUUUCCUAUAUUACUUAGAUGAAAGAAUUGGGUCAUUUGGUCCUGGUACCUUGCUCCUGGCUGGAAACAGUAUUCCAACGGAUCUGUCUACCACUCAGAUUGAUAUUUAUGCAUCCCAUGAUUCCGGAAAGACGUGGCAAUUUCUUAGUCACAUUGCAUCAGGAGGAGAAGCAAUUCCCGAUAAUGGCCUGACGCCGGUCUGGGAGCCAUUCUUGCUUGCUCACCAUGGGAGGUUGAUUUGUUAUUAUUCUGAUCAGAGAGACAAUGCAACAUAUGGACAGAAGCUCGUCCAUCAGGUUUCGACGGAUCUGAAAUCUUGGGGGCCUGUGGUCAACGAUGUCACGUAUGAUACAUAUACGGAUCGCCCAGGCAUGCCAGUCAUUACCAAGCUUCCCAAUGGCCAAUUCCUCAUGACUUAUGAACAUGGCAGCUUCUUUGGCACUUCUAGCUAUUCGUUCCCGGUCACAUACAAGCUUUCAACAGACCCGGAAAACUUUGCAACUGCUUCCGGAACUCAAAUGGUAGUUUCAAAUGGAGCCACUCCUGAUGGCUCGCCCUACGUUGUGUGGUCGUCUUAUGGUUCUUCCAAUGGCACCAUCAUUGUGAGCUCCGGAGGGUCAAGCUCUGUUUACGUCAACCAAGCUUUGGGUGCAGGCAAUUGGACGGAGAUCCCCACGCCCGAAAGUACGAGCUACACUCGGUCCUUGCGCAUUUUGCAGGAGAAGGAGACUUACCUUCUGUUGAACGGUGGAGGCGUGCUCUCAGGAACAUCUAACAGGGUGACUGUGUCCUUGAUUGAUCUUGAAAAUGCAUUGAUAUAA